AUGCCGGAGUACGAGUAUCUGUCUGGAUUUGGGUCGCAUUUCACGUCGGAAGAUUCACGCUUCCCGAACGCCCUCCCGGCAGGACAAAAUUCGCCCCAAAAAUGUCCCUACGGUUUGUACGCGGAACAGCUGUCGGGCAGUGCGUUUACGGCACCGCGCACCGAAAACACCCGCUCGUGGUUGUACCGCAUUCGACCAUCGGUUGUACAUCAACCGUUUAAACGAUUCGAAGGUGCGGCACCGUUCCUGCGUGGAACCGGCUGGGAAGAGCAGCACCCGAAUCCGAACCAGAUGCGCUGGAAUCCGUUCGAUUUGCCGGCGGACAGCACGGAGGUGGACUUUGUGGCAGGACUGCAUACGGUGUGCGGUGCGGGUGAUGUCCGUGCCCGACAUGGACUGGCCGUGCAUGUGUACCUUGCCAACUGCUCGAUGAAGGAUACGGCGUUCUAUAACAGUGAUGGAGACUUUCUCAUUGUCCCCCAACAAGGUCCGCUGGACAUUACGACCGAGUUUGGCCGCUUGUACGUGCAACCGAACGAAAUAUGUGUCAUCCCACAGGGUAUACGAUUCAGUGUCGCAUUGGAAGGACCUUCCCGUGGGUACAUUCUCGAGGUGUACGACGGCCACUUCCGUCUACCGGACCUUGGUCCGAUCGGGGCGAACGGACUAGCCAACCCACGGGACUUUCUUACACCGACGGCAUACUUCGAGGAUCGUUCGGUCGAUGGCUUCCGAAUCGUGUCCAAGUUCCAGGGUGCGCUGUUCGUUGCCACGCAGGGCCGUUCACCGUUCGAUGUGGUUGCUUGGCACGGUAACUAUGUACCGUACAAGUACGAUCUCGCCCGGUUCAUGGUGAUCAACUCGGUAAGCUUCGACCAUUGCGAUCCGAGCAUCUUUACCGUGCUUACAUGCCCGAGCAAUCGUCCCGGUACGGCCAUUGCCGAUUUCGUUAUCUUUCCACCGAGAUGGUCCGUACAGGAGAAUACCUUCCGUCCUCCGUACUACCACCGCAAUUGUAUGAGCGAAUUUAUGGGAUUGAUAUUCGGUCGGUACGAGGCAAAGGAGGGUGGCUUCCUGCCUGGCGGGGCCUCCCUGCACUCCAUGAUGACGCCACACGGACCAGAUCAUCGGUGCUUUGAGGGAGCUUCGAAUGCGGCACUUAAACCGGAACGUAUCGCCGAUGGUACGCAAGCCUUCAUGUUCGAAUCUUCGUUGAGUAUGGCCGUUACACGCUGGGGUGAAGAAACUUGCCAGAAGUUGGACGCACGGUACUACGAAUGUUGGCAAGCAUUGGAAAAACACUUCCAUUUGUAA